UAUAAUAUUUACUAUUUAAAAAUAAAAAUAAACAUGUCUAAUAAAUUCGAAGCUUUAAAAGAGCAUGGCGCUGACAGUACAGAUAGCGGAAGUGGUGAUGAUUUAGAUGUAAAUACAGUAAAUAAUACACAAGACUUAGCGCCUCUAGAAAUACCUCCAAAUGAGCACCGGUUACAACAUACGUAUUGGCUAUGGUAUUCAAAAAAACCGUCAUCAUUACGAUAUAGUCAAGCGUUACAAUUAGUUGGGCGUGUAGCAACAGUUGAACAAUGGUGGGCACUAUAUAGUCAUAUGAUACGAUUAAAUGAUUUACCAUGUCACACAGACCUGCAUUUAUUUAAAGAAGGUAUACAGCCUAUGUGGGAAGAUGCGGCAAAUGCAAAAGGCGGCAAAUGGGUGGUGAGACUGCGAAAAGGUCAAGUUGGUCGAGCAUGGGAGAAUCUUUGUAUGGCAAUGUUAGGUGAACAAUUUAUGGUAGGGAACGAAAUAUGUGGAGCAGUGGUGUCAGUUAGAUAUCCUGACGAUAUGGUAAGUGUAUGGAAUCGUACAGCGUCAGAUCAAGCAUGUACAGCACGAAUUAGAGAUACUUUAAGAAGAAUUUUAAAUUUACCGCCAGCAGUUCCAAUGGAUUAUAAAACACAUGGGGAUAGUCUUAAAGAUAGUCUUAAAGCAUGGAAAACGAAUCCAAUUGUAAAAAGUUGAUCUGCAAAUGAUUUUAGCUUAAAUCGGAG